GUCUCAGUCGCGGCCAGCUUCAUCCCGAUUGGCCAAGUUUGUUAAAGUCGAGUGUCCAAUUCGGUCCUCCGUUCUAGGGUCUCGCGUUCGUCGCGCCUCAUUUUGGCACGUCCCUGCACGCCGCCAGUCACUAAGGCGCGCGCAUACGGCCGAGCGCAUCCAAUCUCGUUCGGCCGCGCGCGGCGCGCUCGCGCACUCGCAGCCGUGUACGCGCGUGCGUUUCUCGCUUCGUGAUUCGCGUAUCGCCACCGUAUCCUCCGAAAAAGAUGGCCGCCACGAAAGCGUACGGUGGUGAUGUUGACGUUGUCGUUCGCACCGAGGUCGUGUUACGUCCUCGCGCAGCGUGAAGAAAACCGUGCGUGCGUACGUCCGCGUGCGCCGUGUGGACUGUGCCGCCGUCGAGCGUCGUCGCGGGUGACAAACGGACGAGAGAACAGGAAGAAGAACAGGAACGGCAGUGUGUGUGAGAGAGCGAAGGUGGUGCCCGUUGAUCCGUCGAGCGCGAGUGCGGUGGAUUCGUACGCGACCUGCACGGUAUCUCUUUUCCGCGGUGUGUCCGACCAUAGUGGCCCACGACGGAACGUCCAAGGGAAGUGAAAGAGGAGACAGAGAGAGAGAGAGAGAGAGACAGAGAAAGAAAGAGAGAGAUAGAGAGAGAUAGAGUGAACGGACAGAAAGAGAGUGAGCGUGAGAGACAGUGAGAGGGACAGAAAGGGAGACGGGAUAAGAGAGACAGAAAGAGUGACGAGCGAGCGCUGUGAAGGAACGUGCCCCUCGAAUUUCUUUCUCGCGCAGCAGAGAAAGAAAUACAGAAGCAAGUUUGCUCGGGAUCGCCUGUGAUCGCGAGUGCAAGCAGCGAAACAGACGGGCAGAUUCUUCGCCGGGCGCUAGCGCGUGGAAAAGAUCCGGCGAAGGAGAGAAAGAGAGAGAGAGAGAGCGGGCGGUAGAGUGAGACAGUGAGCGGCGAGCGAGCGAGUGAGAGAGAAAGAAAGAGAACCAGAUAGCAGAGCGAGUGAGAUAACGAGAAGGAGCAAGACGGAGAAAGAGAGAGAGAGAGAGAAAGAGAAGGAGAAAGCAAGAGAGAUAGGAUACGCGACGUCGAGUGUGUGUCGUACGCGCUUGAGAUCUCCGGCCGAAACGUCGUGACUGUGUGGGUGGUGCGUGGUUGUUUCCUCGCGAGUGCGAACAAAUGCGUGCGCGUCGUACGCGAGCUACGGGGCCGCCAGCACUGUGCGUUGCUACUGUCGCCGUUGUGGUCGUUGCAUCGCCGUGCCCUCUCGCCUGUGUUGCAUCGAAAGCCGCGAGCAGCCGUUACCGCCGCCGUCGCCGCCGUUCGCUUUCAAGCGAGACUCGAGCCUCCGUGUCAACCGAGGGACGGCCAUAUUAAACCGUCGUCGACGUCCCCGCCGUCGUCGCCGUCGCUGCCGCUGCCGCCGUCGCCGUCGCCGCCGCCGUCGCCGUACGCCGUACGCCGCCGAAGAGAACGUUUCUCCUCGGCACGCUCGUCGCCAACGGCUUUCUCACGAAGAGCAACACGCAGCCCCGGCCGGACGAGAUCGCCGUGUGAUCUCCCGGAGUGUGUGGGUGUGUGUGUGUGCCUGUGUGUGUCCGUGUUCAUCGUCGUCGUCGUGGGUUACGUGUGUGCGUGCGUGCGUGCGUGCGUGCGUACGCGCGAGCGAGCGAGCGUGCGAGCGUGCGAGCGAGAAGUCCGCGAGUUUCUCCUCUCCGAGCGAGAGCGAGAGCAAGAGCAAGAAAGAGAGAGAGAGAGAGAGAGCGAGAGAGAGAAAAGGAGAAGGAAAGAGUCUUCGAGGUUUGUUUAUCCUUCCGUGCGACCUUGCUUCACCACCGUCGCCGGAUGACGGCGCGCGUACGUGGUGCGUGCACGGUAGCAGUGUGUACGACGACGAGCGGCAUAGUCGACGAGGAGCGUCCCGUGCCGCCUGAUGUCUACGCAUCGUCUUCGUCGCACGGAGACAGCACAGCGGCUCGCCACCACGGUGUCUACCCCUACUCCCGGCAAUACCACCCUUCCUAGGCCCUAUGGUACCCACGUAUUGCAGUCGGUUCCGUCGACGCACAGUGGCCCGUUCGCGAGCUCCAAGGGACAAGAGUAUUUUUUAAAGGGGCUCGAGGCGACGCUGAGUGACAGCAAGAAGAAGUACGGCGACAAGGUGAAUGCACUUCUGUCAGCCUGGGAGCAUGUCUCCAAUUAUAUUCCUGCGGCACCGCCCGAGGCCACCCAGUCUCUCAUAGAAUGGGCUCACAGACAUACGUUGACACUGGUACUGCGCGGGGAGUGGCCCAAGUUGGCACCCGUCGCUAAAACGCACCUCUGCGUGACGCUGCAGAAGUGUGUGUCUCAUUUAAUGCAACACCCCGCUGCACCCAGGUGUACCGCCCUGUUAGCGCUGGUGCACAAUCCAUGGACGCAUCCCACCCUCGACAGUAUACUUAACGGCCAACCGGAUUCCGAACAUGAGGAGGAAUUCUGUUGUUCGGAGAAAGGCGAGCUGCUGACGAUGAGACUGAAGAUACUCUGCGAGGACCGCUGCGAGGACAUAGCGGUGAACCUCGCUGCUGCGUGCGUACGGUCCCUCAGACGAAGCGAUCAGCUGCGGUCGCUCUCGGAGUCUCAUCACGUCCACUAUAUGAUCGACGUGUACAUUGUCCUCUUGUACAAAUUGAAACGCACGCAAGAUAUUUUCGCUCAAUUAAAAUUAAUGGAUCUCAACGACGGUCUUGAAUUGGUCCAGAGGCUCAGCGGUGAGAAACCAACGAAAUAUGGAACGGCGCGCGUUUGGAGAAAUUCGAUAAAGGCCGCGGAAUUGGUCGCACAGUAUCUUGUUACUGCUGGAAUGGUUCGACCAGUAUCGGAAACUGGAGCGAAUAUUUUAGAACAGAUUUUGAACUCUUGGGCAUUGCUGCACGCAAAAUUGAAGGACGUCGCACCUACUUUACCCGGCAUGAUCAGGAAAUUAAUCGAACCCGCGGAGAGUGCUCAACAUAUUUAUAUCUUUUGUGCGGUACUUGCGAAACAUUUUGGCGAAAGCAUAAAACCUUUGGUAAUCGAACUUUACAUCAGAGCGUUAACAACGGACAUGAACGAGCUCGAGAGCCAAAAGGCCAAGUCGGACAAGGACAAGGUGCGCGAGACCGCGAAGCGUCUGAGCACGCAAUUUCUCAAGCUGGCAGGCGUGGUUGACAGCAAUAUCGGCAUCGCGAGGGAGUGCGUUCUUACGGCCUUCUCCUUGCAUCCCACUCGAGCUUGUUACGACCGAAUCAAAGAAUUGGCGGUGGCGUGCGGGAAAGCGAAGGAAGAUGGCGUUUCGCAGGAUAGCAGCGCUUUCGACGAGAACAAGCUCAAACAGACCGAAGAACAUGAUCCUCGUCUGCCUGUCGCCAUAAAGGAUGUGAAAUUGGAGCCGGUAGACAGCGACGACGUUGACGUCGAGGAGCCAUCCUCACCGACGACGUCGCCGCCGAGCUCGACGGAUCCGGAAGUUCCACAGCAGCAGCGGCAAGAACAACAACAGCAACAACAGCCGUCACAGGACUCGACCGUCAGCACUUCAGAGAAGAGCAUAGACUUCCAAAGCGGUCAAGUAACAAAAACGUUCGAGCAGACGAAACUGCUGUUGAAGAACCUGCUGUCGCGGAGCACCGACGCCACGACGACGACGACGACGACAACGACGACGACGACGACGACGACGACGGCGGCGGCGGCGGCGGCGGCGGCAGUGACGCAGAACGACAAAUGUCCUCUGCACCCCAAGUGCGACCUCAACGGGCCGCUCGGCGAGCUGUGCUUCAAUUGCGGCGAGUUCACCGGUGGCCAACAGCCGCCCGACGUCGAGCUAAAGUCAGAGCCGUUGUCGAACGAAAACACCGCGGCGACGCCGCCACCGGUCGCCAGUGACGGCGGGGGCGGCAACAACGUCGAAAGGACACUGGACGCGCUGAUACUGAUCAAGGGCGAAGCGGUGACCGGCUCGGCCAACUACGACGAGACGUCCGUGCCCAGUCAAGUGUUGGACGGUGAGAAGCUCGGCCUGUCGCCGCAACUGUGCGACGACCUAGCGGUGGUGCUGAGUAGCCCGCGCUAUCACAUGCUCAGCUGGGUGCUGGACUGGAAGGAACUGAAGGGUCUGUGCGAACGUUACCUGGAGAACGCCGAAGAGAUGCGCAACACAAACAAGGAGCUCAAGUACCUGAACAUCGACUACUCGCAGUUCAAGGACUGGCCGUCGGAGGAGGACACGAAGGACGUCUUCUUCGGCAUCGAGAAGGGCUACGAGCAGUGGGUGGACCCGCCGUCCGACAAUUCCGAGCAGUUCGGCAGCUUCCAGCCGGCCGGCGGCUACAAACGCUCGUCGACGCGGCGCAGCAUCGACGAUACCACCACCACGGACUCCGACAGUGGUAGUAUUCUGCGAGUGCGACGGACCGGCCGCGCUCGCAAGGUCCUGCGACUCGAGUCGUCCGAGAGCGACUGCGACAGCACCGAGCGCAAGCCAAAGCACUUUAGGAAUAGGAUCAGCUCGGUGUCGGACAGCGACAGCAACACGCAGGACAGCCAGACCGACAGCCUCGGCAGCGACGGCUGCCGGCUGGAGACGAAGAAGAAGUCCAACAAGGCCGGCGGCAAGGAGUCCGCGAAGAAACGGCCCAAAUCGUCCAAGCUCACCGUCGAGUCCGUCUCGCAUUUCCAUAUGCUGGUGAACGAGGACGCCCGGCACACAAACGCGCACGAGGACGCCAGCGGCUCCGACGUCAGCAGCAACGACAUCAUCACUUUGUUCUCCGCGGACAUGGACGAGAACAAGCGCGAGACGAUCAAGGGCUCGGCGUAUACCGCCGCGGCGCCGUUGAUCAUCACCGAGAGGCGGAGCGACCCGGCGGUGCUCAAGUCCCUGCGGAUGUUCAGGCCGCAGAACUCGAAGAAGCCGCCGCGGAUCACGCAGCUGCUGCAGAAGAACCUGAUGAACAAGAGCAAAGACGUCGCGGGCACCGGCGGCCGGGACGAUCAGCAGCAGCAGCAGCAGCAGCAACAGCAGCAGCAACAACAGCAGCAGCAGCAGCAGCAGCAGCAGACGGACAACAUCGCCGCGAAAUUCGCGCCGAUGCUAAGCACGCUGGACCUCAACCCGAGGAUCGUGCUGACGCGCACCGACGAGAUUGACCGCAAGCAGCUGCAGCGCGCGAAGAAGCAGCCACAGCAACGGCUCAGCAGCGGCGACAUCACCAGCGAACUGCUCAAUAUACAGAAGACGAUGCCGUAUAACAAGAGCGUGAUGACGACGUAUCAGAAGCAAAAGGAGCGCGCCGCCAACAAGAGCAACAACGCCAACAGCAAGAACGACCUGGGCUGCCCGGUGGUGGUAGACAACCGUCGCGACCACCGUCAUCGCCUCGGCUCCGUCAAGUCCAACUUGGGUAAGACCAAGUUUGAUAUUCUCGCGCAGGCCAUUAGGGAUUCCGAUAUAUUGGCUAAGAACGUGCCGGGUUUGAAUUCGCUGGACAUGAUGGUACCGCCGCGGAUGCGUCCCACGGUAAACGUCGUGCAGCUGUCGAGGAACGUGGUGCAAAGCCCGAGCUCGGCGAGUGCCGCGGCGACGGCGGCGGCCACCGCGGCGAUCAACAGCGGCAACACGCCGCCGCGGCCGACGCGCACUCCCAGCGUGGCCGGUAGCAACAGCAGCAGCAGCAGCAGCAGCAGCAGCAGUAGCAGCAGCAGCAGCAGCAUACAGCUACCGGGCACGCCGUCGUCCGGCGGCCAUGACAGCGGCGUCAGUAUGAGCCCGGCCGGUCAGACGCCGCCGCCGAGGUCGGCCAACAUGCCGGACCUCGGCGAGGAGUCUAAUCAGCCGCCGGACGCGUUGCCGACGAGCGUCGUCGUCGUGUCCACCGCCGGUGUUGUGCCUGCGACGAUGAUCGUCAACAGCCAUGCAUCCUCCGCGUCGGUGCACCAUCUCGAGAGCGUCAUCGAGCCGCCGUCGAACCCGCGGACGGUGACGAUCCGACGUGCCAGUCAGCAUAAUCUCUCUCCGAAAAAGUCACCCUCUUCCUCGCCGUGCUCCACCGCGGCCACCACCGCGACUACCACCACGACUACGACGUCUAUGACGACCACGACGACAACCACUUCCUCCGCCACCACCACCGUCGCCGCCGCCGCCGCCGCCACUACCACCACCACAACCACCACCACUACCACCACCACCACUACCACAACCACCUCCGCUGCUGUCGCUGCCACCGCCGCCGCCUUGGGAGUGGUGACCCAGGCAACUGUGGUGACUAGCUCGCCCGAACCGGUCAAGGUCAUCUGCAAGCCGGACGGCAGUUACCAGAUCACUGCGCCGAACGUUGUAUCGGCUCAGAGAAACAUCUUAUCGUUGCCGACACUGGACGAUAGCUCCGCUAACGCGACCUUCACACCGCGGCAGACGCAGCAACAGCAACGUGGCGGCGGCGCGAAUAGGAAUGCCUACGAGCCUCAGACUUUGAGCAGCGGCCCUGCCGUCAAGAUCACCGCGCACUCUUCCGGUCGAAACGCAGUUUUGCCCAAAUUUCAGCAGGCCUUUCGCAAGACCAUGUACACCACUCCUCAUCAUAUGACCCCGAACACGGCCGUCUCCACGGAUACGCCGCUGACUUCGGUUCAGCAAACCACCACCGUGCAGAAGACCACGAACCUGUCCAAGGCGGUGCAGACGUCCGUGCCCAACAACCAGCAGUCGCAAACGAGCCCCGCAGGUGCUGCCGCGGGUAUCAACAUCCAGUCAAUCUCCGCCGCCAACAUCUCGAACUUGCAAUUGCCAAGCGGUGGUGGGCAGAUACUCAACAUCGUGCAAAACACAGGCACCAACAGCGCGAACACGUCCGGCAGCCCGAACGCUGCCGUCGCCGCGGCCACCAACCAAGCGCUGACGCAGCUCGUGCAAAAUGCCAGCUCGCAGAGUGUGAUAUAUACGCACAAGGUGAUUGCCACCAGCAACAACCCGAAUCAAUUCAACAUCAUACCGGCGAUAUCGCAUGCCAACUCGAUACCGUCCGGCAGAACGCCGGUGGUGAAGCUGAACAUCAUCCGAGCGCCGUUGAGGCAGCAGAACCUCUCCGGGACUAUCCAAGCCGUGCUGGCGCCGAGGUUACAGCAACAAGGGAUCCGAGCGGACGCUCUGAUCGGCACUACCAUGGAAGUGAACAACCAGGUGAGCUCGACGACGUUGGAGCAGCUGCGGGAGUUCGAGAGCGUGCUGGAGCAGGUGAAGGAGAGGAGCAUCCAGCCGCAGACCCAUCAGCACCUGAUCAUCAAUAGCGCGACCACGACGACCGUGCAGACGCAGACGAGCAGCACCGCGCAGCAGGCUCAGGUGAGCAAACAGCAGCAACAGCAGAUGGCUGUGAGUGCAUUGGCCCAGCAGUUGAUGAUGCCGGUGCAAUCAGCCAGCAGCAACGACUUCUCCAGUAACAGCGGCGGCACUGUGACAUUCCAGCAAGAGCCGGUGUUCUCGCAAAAGGUCUCUCUGGCUUACGUGAACCCGAGCGGCGGCGCGGCCGUGAAAGUGGGGGCGGCUAACUCGACGACGCCGGUGGUCGUGGUCACGAGCUACUGCCAGCCGGCGGCGUCGCCAGCCUUGAGCGUCACCUCGCAGAGCUCGUCGAGCCCGUGCGUCACCCCGGCACCGGCCCCGAUUCCGUCGGCCGGCAAGACGCCGCCUUCCUCCAAGAACGCGAAGAAGUCCACGCCGAAGUCGGUGAAGACCAGCGCGACCAACACAUCCAAGGCUUCGCCGGUCCCGAAGCCGCAGCAAAAGCCGCAGGAGGACGAGCAGACCGCGCAGCGGAUCUACGCGAUCCUCGACGAGUACGCGGAGCAGCUGAGGAACUCGCCGGACUUGAACAACAAGCCGGCACCCAGGCGGAGGUCCAACCCGCCGACCAACCCCAGUCAGACAUCCAAGAGGAAGAAGUCGAGCUCGAGCAAGAACAAGCCGGCGACGGCCCAACAGAUUUCGGAGCUGAGCCCGAGCGCAGACGACCUCGGCAGGACGAUGGGCAGCGAGGACUCGUCCAGCGGCAUCGUGCACGUCCAGGACAGCCCGGCCAGCUUCUCCGCGCCGGCGGAGGAGUCGCCGGUGAGCGUGUGCAACGUCACCGAGACCACCACGGUUGCCACCGAGGUGCGCAACCUGACGACGAGCGACUCCAACGACGGGGUGGAGCUGAGCGUGAAGCGACGGAACCUCAUCUUCGCGGAGCCGCCGGGCUCGGGCCAGCCGCGCACGGUGAUCGUGCAGGAGGCGCUGCAAACCAGCUCGGUGAGCGUGAGCGAAGCCUUGGCUUCGGUCACCGGCAAGAUGGGUGGCGCCGCGGUGUUGAUGCCGACGAAUCUGCUGCUGCCGUUGAUGAAGGGCACUCAACAAUUCACCGUGGUGUCCGGCUCCACCAAGCUGGUGGCGAUGCCGACGACGGUGCGCGCCACCGGCGGUAACGCCGCCGUGUCGAACGCGUUAGUGCUGCAGUCGUUCCUCAAUCAGGGCCCGAAGCUCAUCUCGCCGCAGCCGCAGGUCAAGCAGAUGAAGCUGCCACCGACGUUACAGAGCCUGUCGAACAAUCAGACGCUGAGCACGAGCACGCAGAACGUCCAGCCGGCGUCCGUGGUGAUUCCACAGUCGACCGGGGCCACGCAGUUUGGCCCCGGGGAGGCCGCGGGGACGACGGCGGUCGCGGCUCCGGACAAGCCCAGUGCUGUGAUGAACGAGUUGACAUUGAAGAAUGACACGGUCAUAACCACCGUCGCCAGCAGCGGCGGUAGUAACACCGGUGCUAACGGCGACGGUGGCAGCGCUGGCGGCGGCAAAGGUGGUAGCGGUGGCGGCGGCGGUGGCAGUGGCGGUAGCGGUGGUGGUGGCGGUGGCGGUGGCGGUGGCUGCGGCGGCGGCGGCAGUGGUGGUGGCGGCGGGAUGACCGCCGACUCGCCGACGAGCGCUAUCGUGGUAAACAAAAGCAACCCCGGCAUCACCGUAAUGUCCAGGAACAUCAACGAGAUCGCGGACAGCCAGCCGAUAUGCGGCGUCAUCACCAGUAAUCCGAAUCUGACGCUGCAGAGCUCCUCGAGGUUGUACAACUCGAACGUGCACAAACUCCCGUCGCCCGCCGCCGCCAGCCUCAAGUCGGCCGACAGCAUGGUGUGCAUCACGCCGGCCGCCGCCGCCGCUGCCGCCUCCGCCGUCAUCACGCACUCGCCGGAGAAGAAGUCGCUCCAUGACCGGCAGAUUCAUGCGGACAAGUCGGCGCCCAUGCAGACGCCCAACACCAUCGCGCUGUCUUUCGCCUCGCAGACCGACGUCACUAUCUUAAGCGACGGCCAACAGCAGCAGCAGCAGCAUCAUCAGCAGCAGCAACAACAACAACAACAACAACAACAUCAGCAGCAAGCGCAACACAAAGAGACGAAAGAGGCGUCCACCGAGAUCACGUCUGGCAACAAAAUCGUUUCCCCGAAAACGGUAAAGAGAAAACUCGAGGACAGUCUCGGUAUGCAGGAAAGUGCGCCGAGAACUUUGAUCCCCACGAACAUUGCCACACCGUUACAAAAUAAUACGAAAAUUGAAUCCAUGUCUUCGAUCACUUCGGCGAACAAGCAGUCUAGCGUCAUCGACAACACGUUUCUGGUGACCGGCGGUCCGAGCAGUUCAGACAGCCAGGAGUCGCAGGCGGUGCAGCAAUCCACCGAGACGAUCGACAGGUCGUGCAAAGUCAGCAACGGGCUGCUAUACGGGAACGCGCGUCUGCAGGAGGCCUGGGAGUCGGAGGGCAAAGUGUCGCCGGACACGCCGUGGAGAUACGUCCCCACGUCGAUGAACACGCUAAACAACGAGUCGUUGAAGGUGUAUUCUAGAAGUUAUUCGAACUCUACGGUGACAUUGGAUCGCAAGAGAGAACGAGAGAAUCGAUUGCCCACCCCUAAUUCCAGGGACAACGAUACGGAGAACGUACAGAGCGUGUUGCAAAUCAUCAACAAGGGUCACAGCAUCGAGAUGGCGAGCGGGCAGAUCUAUCAGUCGAACGCAAAGAAAUACUUUAUGAAUCACACCCUGGAGCCGUAUGGCAACAAGAACACCAUGAUGAAGACGCAGCUGAUGCCGAGGCUGGACCGCGAGCUGAUGCAGCAGAAGGUCGAGAGAAAGACAGCGGCGUACGAGCGCGAGCUGAAGCUGCAGAAGAGCCUGUCAGAGGAGUGCGAGGACCUGGGUGUCGACGAGCCGAGCACCAGCGACCUGUUCCCCGAAGCGGACCUGUUGUUCGACACCAAUCACUCGCCGUCGUAUGAUCAUUCCUCGCAGGACGCGUCCUGCAGCCAACCCCUGGGCAUGAAGUCGUACAACAGCGCGUACUUCCGCACGCUGGACUCGUCGAGCGGCAGCCGGGACGCCAGUCCGAUCAGCGACUUCAAGAUGCACGAGCGCAAGAGGAGCGCGAGCCAACGCGCGAGAGCGCUGAAGGACAUGACCAAGAGGGGCAAGCGCGAGAAGGAGGACUUACACCUGGUGGGGAACCCGACGAAGCACAUGCGACUCACGCUUGACAACUUGAGCCAGGACGAGGCAUCCAAUAGCAACUCGGACAUGUCACGCUUGUCGCCGUCGAAUCUCGCCUCAACGGAGAACGACUCGUCCAAGGACACGAGCCACCGCGCCAAGCUGACCUCGAGGAGCGGCUCGAAGGAGGGCACGCCCAGCAGCGUGUCCAGCAUCCCGUCUAAUAUAAAACUCGAGAUGGACAUAGACUCGGAGUCUUUGCCGCCCAGCAUCAACGUUAACAAUACCUCGACCGCGAGCUCCGGCGACGAGAGCCUCACGCUGCUGAGCAGCAACACCGCGGACGUCACUAUACCGUCGCCGUUGUCGCCGAUGGCGACGGCCGGUCCGCUGCUAUCCACGCACAACAAGUACACGUACGCGAACAAGAAGCGCGUGACCUCGUCGAAGGUGCGGAGUAUGGGCUACAUGGCGUGGGAGAGCCCGAUGUCAGAGCGCACGAGGUCGAGCAGCGAUGACGAGGACUCGAGCAUCAGCGAGUCGAUCAGCAGCCAGCCAGAGGACAACGUUUUGAGCAACGGCCUCGAGGACAACGCUGUGCAGACGUUGAAAUCCCUUGCAACCGAGCGACGCUGCACGUACGUGAAGAAGAAGGAUAAGCUGCAAGUGAACGCGAGGGUGGUGCUGAACCGCACCGAUCACACCAAGGCGACGUUGGUAUUGCCGCCGACCAAGCGGCUGCCCAAGUCCACGACAGAGUCGAUCGCGACGGCGGAGUCGAUGGUGAUGUCGAGCGACAAGGCGUCAGAGGCGUCCGAGGACGAGACCGGCAAUAUUACGCUGUCGAUGGAGCCGGACUGCCGCGCCAGGCGGUCCAGCCUACGCGGCCACGUGAAGAAGGGUUGCGCCUGCUGCAACGGCUCGCCCGAGCGGCCGAAGAAGAAGGCCACCACGGCGACGGUCAAAACGGAUCAUAAGCUGAAGAAGCGGCUGUCGUCGAAGCAGCCUGGCAAGAAGAGGUAGUCCUAGCGGUCGAGCGCUCGCGCGAGCACCGCUGCAUGUCACUACUGUAUCAUCAUGGGCGCCAAGUCGUCACUCGAUUUCUCGGUCUUCGACGGAAACGACGGCGAGGCAGUUCACCGGCCAGUCGCGUUCUUGUCGUCGUCAUCAUCGUCGUCGUUGUCGUUGUUGUCUUCUUCUGCGACCGAGAGGAUUACGGCUCGGACGGUAACGAUCUUGCGCGAUGUACAAUUGCGGAGGAUCCAUCCGCGACGAUGGCAUUGUAAAUAUUAGAAGCGCGCGUAUUAGACGCGAAUCUCGCCAUUCACCGGGACAUUCGACCGCUGCUGUACCUGCAAUACAUGGGUUCAGCCGAACAUGAGAAAGAGAGGGUGAAAGGGAGAGGGAGAGAGGGAGAGGGAGAGAGAGAGAGAGGGGGGAGAGGAAGGGGAGCGAGAGAGGCAAAAAGAAGAGGGAGAGAUCUUCUCCGUGAGUUUAAAUUAAACAAUGAAUCCACUUUACGCUGUUGUGCGUACAUAUGGGUAUACUUAUCUAUGUAUGUGAGCGGAUGUGAGAGAGAAAGAGAGUGAGAGAGAGAAGCAGUACGAUUUAAUUAAAAUUCUCGCGUCGAUAAUAGUAGGUCAUCCUUCUCUACCAUUAGCUGUUAAUUACUAUAUUAGAUGUAAGAUAUAGAGAUCAUUUAUGAGUGGCAGACUUAGAUUUAAAUCGUUAAGAACCGUUUAGCGACGCAAUCUAGUCAAGUCGAUAAGCUCUGCGACGAGGAGGAGUUAGAGGAGAAAGGAGGACGAGGCAGCGGACGGGUAUGAACAAAGCACUAGGUAAAAAAAAAAAAUAAGCGAAA